UUAAACCCGCCUCCUCAUCCUCAGCACAGACCCGAGCAGCGGCUGCGACAGCGCUCAGCAAGCAGACAAAGUAUUUCUAAUAUUAAAAAACACAAACAAAGAUUGAUCUUUGUUGAAUGGGAUGACAGCACUGAGGGAUCCAUCGCCUUGACUAAUGUUCAUCAGACUGUUUGUCUUUCAGGUGGUCUCAAAUGGAUUGAAUUAAAUCCAUAGGAUUAUGGAGGGAAUAGGAAACCAAGCAAGAUGUAGUGUCAUCUUAGUGCUCCUUAUGUUCAUUAUCAUCCCUGUGUUGACGAUACCACAGUUGGAGGAAGAGCGAUGUCCAGCCGGGGACUACGAAACUGAGGAGGGAAUAUGUUGCAACAAAUGCUCUCCUGGUUUUAAGCUGUUAGAAAAAUGUCAUGUCAGUGGCCACAGAAGUAAAUGCACACCUUGUGUUGCUGGUGAGUUCUCGGACCAGAUGAACUCUAUGUCUACCUGCAGAAGAUGCAAAAAGUGCAAAGCUUCAAAGAAUGAAUAUCAAGAAUUACAAUGUGAAAAACACCAAAACACUAUUUGCCGAUGCAAAGAAGGCUACUAUAAAUUCAGUAUUGAUACAGAAACAUACGACUGUGUCAGAUGUAAAAAAUGUCGAACUGAUGAGAUCGAAAUACAGCCUUGUACACAUGAAAAAAACACUGUCUGUGAAUGUAAGGAGAGCUACUACAGAGUAAAGGACAAGUGUGAACCCUGUAGCGGAUGUACACUGGAGUGCGCUCAGCACUGUUCAACUCCUGUUAAGACAAAAGGUCCUGACCAACAUCAUCCACAGUUCAUAAAUAUAAUCGUUGGAUCUGUGGUUGCGGUUUUUGUUUUGCUUGCGUGGGGGAUUUUCAUCACCUACAUGGCUACAAAACAUCUUAUCAAGAGAAAGAUGCGGAGUCAGUCCUCCAUUUCAUCUGACACAUCAAAAGAAGCAAGCAAGGAUUUCCUGGUCAGUUUUAAUGAGCAUUCUGAGGAAGUCAGUUUGAGAACUGCUGUUGAAACCCCUUUGGGUGAGCAGGAGUUAUCCAAGCUACCUGACUGUGUCCCGAUGAUUCCUGACCUUAUCUACGCUGUGCUAGAUCUGGUUCCCGUGCAUCAUGUGAAGCAGCUAGUGCGCUCUCUCGGGGUAACGGAUAUGGAGAUCGAGCAAGCAGAAAUGGAUCACAGGUUCUGCCGGGAGGCUCACUACCAGAUGCUGCGGGCGUGGGCCCAGAGGAGCUCGCGGGCAGUUGGAGGUGGACAGGGUGAAAUGGUACACCGGCCGCUUUUGGAGGACCUCUUAGACAAACUGAGACAGGUUCACCUAAGUCGAGCAGCCGAGGAACUGGAGACAAAGUAUGACAUUCAGUGAUGUAAUUCCCGCCAACCUGCUAAAAAAAAGCUUAUGAGACCAAGUAUUAUUCCUCCAGAGGAUGGAUUAAACUGGACACGGUGCUAAAACCACAGAAGACCAGUGAGACUGAGAGCUCUACCUCUGAUCCUCCAAACCGUUCACUGUGGCCAACAAACAAAUGCCGGCAAAGAAUCAAAGACUCCAAGAAAAUGGGACAAAUAGACUCCGUUUUAUAAAGAACUCUUGUUAAUAUGGAUGUUUUUAUAUUUGCAGACAUGUAGAUGAUAAGUCUAACACAAAUUUCAUUCAGGAAUUAUGAUGAAAUACUAUUACUAAUAGUAGCAUAAAGCUGAGAAUACAGGGCCCCCAUUCAGUUAAACCCAUUGCUGCGCUCCAUUUAUCUCUAAAGUUGAAAUUCAGGCCUCAUGUCCCAAUUAUCCAUGAUCUGGUUCCAUGUUAGAACUGGGUCUCUGCAAACUCAAGAUCCAUCUUGCUGAGUAUCUUAUGCAUUCAAACGCUGAAGCAUGAUGACACGUUAUCCUGUGUUAUAUGUACUGAUUUAUUAAGUUAGAAACGGACAAAAAGGCAAAUAAACAACGUAUUACUGCUGCUAUCACCAAAGUUCAUAAAAGAGGAAUUUUGAAAUCGGGACAUAUAAGAAACCUUUGUCAUUUCAAACCAAUUCUCACUCUUUUCUUGCAGGUUUUUCUGAAUUGGAGCUCAAAAUAUCAAAACGGCCGUCAUCAAAUGACGAGAAAAAAACAGAUUUGUGGUUUUAUUGGCUUGCGGUAAAGGCUUUAGAGAGCGAGCAGCAUGAGAACUGCAGUUAUCUACUGACUUACUUUUGCCCCUUCAGAAAGAAAUCAAUCACAUUUUAAUUUUAUUAAGUUUUGUUUGGAAACUAAAAGCAUUUCCACAAUAAUUUAAGAAUUUACAAGGUAUCGUUUGGCGUUAGUGGAGGACAGAGCUGACAGAGUAGACUGAUAGUUAACAAUUUGGUUAUGCUAUGUUUGAAUUUUUUCUUUUACGGUUAACAUUUUUUGAUGAAAUAAAAAAUAGCUUCGAGUUUCCAAACAAAACUUCUGCAUUGAGAUUGUAUUUAGAGAUGUACCAAACAGGCUUUUCCUGGACGAUACCAAUUCGUUUUUCUCCAAGAAUGAAAACACAUAAAAAAGAAAAAUAUCUGAUGCUGCUGGUUUGGUAAAGGUUUUAGUUUUGAAUCCAACAGAAAAUGAGGGCAUUACACGAUUGUCUAUAUUCAUGCAUCAAAGGUAAUGCUGUUGGUUGAUGCAUUUAUAGACUGAAAAGAGUGGGAAUGCUUAGCCUUGAUGCAUUUCAUAAAUAGAAACAAAAAAUCUAUUUUUUGUAGGAGUUGUCCAAUCAGAGCCAAUCAAGGGAAAAUUGUCAGAUUUGUAUCCAAAUGAUUGGUGCAUCUCUUAUUUUAUUAUAAAACCUUUUGUUGGGUGCUUGGUCUAAAGUUUUAAGUUGUUUUUUACUAAUUUUGUGAAAAAAGGGCAAAAGUAAGUCAUCUGUCAGGAAGAAUCUAAAUAAGAAUGCAAACUUAUUUUCAUGUCAUAGUGUUGAUCUUUUCAUAUAAGAGUUUCAUAGUAGGGAAGUUUUAUACCUCUCAAAUACAUUUUGUACUAUAUUGCAUUUUCACACAGCUUUAUUGUUUUUAUUAUUAAGAGUUUAAUAGAUUGUUUUUUGUAAUUGUGUCAUUUUACUGAGGUCACCUAAGCUACUUUUUAUAGUAAUUGCAAGUUUUCACUAUUGCAAAUGGACUUGAACAUUUAGAGAGUCUUUUGUAGAACCAACAUGUAGAGUUGGUAAUAUUUAAAUAGCAGUUCCCUGUAAUGCAGAAGAGGGGAGAAAAAGUCAGAUCUGCUUUAUUGGAAACAAUGAGGCCAGGGAAGUGUUUUGUUCCUCCUCAGGACAGACCACACUGCUGAGUUUUUUAGGCUGUUCACCGCCUCUGUAGCAUUCUUUUAAGCCCCAAUCAUACAAGCAUUAUUCAUGACACGCCUUGUCUGAAGUCUGUUUUAGCUUUUAUACGACUGCCAGCCUUGAGAGGAGCUUGGGACUAAGGAAGUGUAACUCUAAAACUAUUUUUGUAUUGCUUGACAAUGUGUUAUACUUUGGAGUUUUGAAUAAAGGUGUUGGAAAAAUU